GGGUAGGGUUAACCAGGGUUUUGAGCUGGCCUGACUGCUCAAUUCCAACUCCCUGCCCCCACGCCGCUGCGCCACCGUUCUCCGUGGCUGCCAUGACGAGCCUUGCUGCCGCGAGCCCCCACCCGGGCGCCGCCUUCGCCGCCCGCCGCCGCCACCGCGUUCACCCCACCAGGGAAGCGAUUUCCCAGUGUUGGCGACGCGAGAGAAGCCAGGGACGUUCGUUUCGGAGCUCUCUAAGGUUGGUGUCCUGCGUGGUGGACGAUUUCUUCAGGAUCAGCAAUCUUCCAGGACAGCUACGUGGAGAUGUUCCAAAGAAUUUGCUCACACCAACUGCUGCCGUUUCAGUUGAACAAGUUGAAGCCAGCACUUAUCUUCCAAAAGGUGACAUGUGGUCUGUGCACAAAUUUGGCGGAACCUGCAUGGGGACACCCCAGAGAAUUCAGAAUGUUGCUGACAUAGUCCUUCGCGAUCCUUCUGAGAGGAAGCUUGUAGUUGUAUCCGCAAUGUCUAAAGUCACUGACAUGAUGUACAACCUUGUCAAUAAGGCUCAAGCGAGGGAUGAUUCUUACAUCGUUGCACUAGAUGAAGUUUUUGAGAAGCAUAUGGUAGCAGCAAAGGACCUGCUUGAAGGAGAAGACCUUGCAAGAUUUUUGUCUCAAAUGCAUGCGGACAUCAGUAACCUAAAAGCGAUGCUUCGUGCCAUAUAUAUAGCUGGGCAUGUAACGGAAUCUUUCUCUGAUUUUGUGGUUGGGCAUGGAGAAUUAUGGUCAGCUCAAAUGUUGUCAUUUGCAAUAAAGCAGUCUGGUACGCCUUGCAGUUGGAUGGAUACUAGAGAAGUUUUAGUUGUAAAUCCUACAGGUUCCAACCAGGUAGAUCCUGACUAUUUGGAAUCUGAGAAACGACUUGACAAAUGGUUUGCUCGAAAACCAGCUGAGACAAUAAUUGCAACUGGAUUUAUUGCGAGCACACAUGAAAACAUCCCUACAACCUUGAAAAGAGAUGGAAGUGAUUUCUCUGCAGCCAUAAUCGGGUCCCUUGUUAAGGCUCGUCAAGUCACCAUAUGGACUGAUGUUGAUGGGGUAUUCAGUGCAGAUCCCAGAAAAGUUAGCGAGGCUGUGAUCUUAAGCACAUUGUCAUAUCAGGAGGCCUGGGAAAUGUCAUAUUUUGGGGCAAAUGUUCUGCAUCCACGUACCAUCAUACCCGUGAUGAAAUACAAUAUUCCCAUUGUUAUAAGGAACAUCUUCAACAUUUCUGCCCCUGGAACCAUGAUCUGCCAGCAGCCCACGAAUGAAGAUGGAGAUUUGGAGGCUUGUGUCAAAGCAUUUGCAACUAUAGAUAAAUUAGCUCUUGUUAAUGUUGAAGGAACUGGAAUGGCUGGUGUUCCUGGUACGGCAAAUGCCAUAUUUGGUGCCGUGAAGGAUGUUGGAGCUAAUGUUAUCAUGAUAUCACAGGCUAGCAGUGAACACUCUGUAUGUUUCGCUGUUCCAGAGAAGGAAGUUUCAGCAGUCUCUGCAGCCUUGCAUGUUAGGUUCCGUGAAGCAUUAUCCGCGGGCAGGCUAUCCAAGGUUGAAGUCAUUCAUAAUUGUAGCAUUCUCGCUGCUGUUGGCCUGAGGAUGGCAAGUACACCUGGAGUCAGUGCAACCCUUUUUGAUGCACUGGCAAAGGCAAAUAUUAAUGUAAGGGCGAUAGCUCAAGGUUGCAGUGAGUACAACAUUACUGUUGUAUUGAAGCAAGAAGACUGUGUAAGGGCUCUGAGAGCUGCUCACUCGAGGUUCUUCCUCUCCAAAACCACAUUGGCUGUUGGAAUUAUUGGACCUGGGUUGAUUGGCCGGACACUGCUUAACCAACUGAAGGAUCAGGCUGCUGUUCUCAAGGAAAAUAUGAACAUCGAUUUGCGCGUCAUGGGGAUUACCGGUUCAAGGACAAUGUUUUUGAGUGACACAGGAGUUGAUUUGACCCAGUGGAAAGAGCUGCUGGAAACUGAGGCAGAACCAGCCAACCUCGACAAGUUUGCUUACCAUUUAUCUGAAAAUCACUUCUUCCCUAACAGAGUUUUGGUGGAUUGCACAGCAGACACAAGUGUUGCAUCCCAUUAUUAUGAUUGGUUAAAGAAGGGAAUCCAUGUCAUCACUCCAAAUAAGAAAGCAAAUUCAGGGCCACUUGACAGGUAUCUGAAACUUAGGACCCUACAGCGUGCAUCAUAUACACAUUACUUCUAUGAAGCAACCGUUGGUGCUGGCCUCCCGAUCAUUAGCACUCUGCGAGGUCUCCUGGAGACGGGUGACAAGAUUUUACGCAUUGAGGGGAUUUUCAGUGGGACGUUGAGUUAUAUUUUUAACAAUUUUGAAGGAACAAGGACCUUUAGUGAUGUUGUUGCUGAGGCAAAGGAGGCUGGAUAUACUGAGCCUGAUCCAAGAGAUGAUCUAUCUGGGACUGAUGUUGCCAGAAAGGUCAUAAUCCUUGCAAGGGAAUCUGGUUUGAGGCUUGAACUUUCUGAUAUUCCUGUGAGGAGUCUUGUGCCGGAGGAACUGAGAAUGUGUUCAUCAGGUAAUGAAUACAUGCAAAAGCUGCCAUCCUUUGACCAUAACUGGGCCAGUGAGCGGAAAGAAGCUGAAGUUGCAGGAGAAGUUUUGCGGUAUGUUGGAGUCGUCGAUGUGGCGAACAAGAAGGGACAGGUCGAGCUGCGAAGGUACAAGAGGGACCACCCAUUUGCGCAGCUGUCUGGCUCCGACAACAUCAUAGCUUUCACCACGUCGAGAUACAAGGAGCAACCGCUGAUUGUGCGAGGCCCGGGGGCAGGUGCAGAAGUGACUGCAGCAGGUGUCUUCAGUGACAUACUACGGCUGGCCUCUUACCUUGGCGCUCCUUCAUAGGCUCACACACAACCGUAUUUUGAUGGUAGAGGAAUGGCUAGUUAUGCAAGGUUUUUGUUAUGCUUCGUGGAGUCUAUAUAACAGGAAAGAAAAAAAGUUAUCUGAAGUCUUCUGUUUCUGUUGUUCCUUAAAGCACUCAGUAGGAGGUCAGGAGUUGGAUAGUCCUAUUGAACAGAAAAUAAUCUGGUAUCGUUUUUGUCUUGUUGCAAUGAUAAUGUCCCUAGUUGUUUUUUUACUGCUGACAUUAGCUAGUUAUGUCUAAACAAAUUAAUAAAAGAAUCGUGUUGGUUGCUGAGUGGUAACCAAGUUUCGUCCUA